AUGCUUGGUGUAAACUCACAAAAUGGAAGUUGCAUUCUUGUCACUACAUGGAAACUUGAAAUUGGAACUCGUGAUAUGAUCAUGGAUUCCUAUUGUCUGGAAGGUCUUUCUAAUGAUGAGUGUUGGUCAAUCUUUAGAGAAAAAGCGUUUGUGGGAGGAGAAUCACCUUCACCAGAAUUGGAGGAGAUAGGUCGUGAGAUUGUGAAUAAGUGUGGUGGUUUACCAUUGCUAUUAAAUGUAAUAGGUGGCAUGUUGGCAAAUUACAGUGGUCGAGAGAAGUGGUUAUCCAUAAAAAAUAGCGAGGUUUGGGAUCUUGAAGAAGAAAGGUAUAUAAUUCAAAAGAGUUUGGAACUGAGCUUUGAUAAUCUCCCUAAUUCUAUUAUCAAGCAAUGUUUUGUAUAUUGUUCCAUCUUUGAAAAAGACACGGUAAUGGAAAGGGAAGAACUGGUCCGACUUUGGAUGGCUUUAGGAUUGGUUCAAGCAGAUGAGGCAAGUAACAAGGAGAUGGAGGUUGUGGGAAAUGAUAUUUUUCAAAUAUUGGUUAACAAUUCAUUGUUUCAAGAUGUUAAAAGGGAUGAGUAUGGUUACAUCACUCAUUGUAGUAUGCAUGAUCUGGUGCAUGAUCUUUUGUUAUCACUUUCGAAACAUGAAAGCUUACGUCUGAUGGGUGUGAAGAAUGAUGAUAUUGCUCGUAUUCCUCAGAUUAAGCAUCUCAUUUUUUACCUAUUAUAUCAUGAAUUAGAAGGCAAGAUUUGUAAGUUCAUUGAAAGGGAUACAAUGGCUAGAACUUUGCGCACAUUGUUCAUCGAGGGUGAAGUUGAGAAGAAUUUUUCAUUUGAACGAUUCAAGUGCAUGAGAAUCUUAAAACUCAAAGGAUGUCAUAUAGAUAAGUUACACGAUUCAAUUGGAGAGUUGGUGCAUCUUAGGUAUCUUGAUUUGUCAAAUACAGAGAUCUAUGUUCUUCCAGAAUCUAUUGUGCUUAGUAGUAUGGGACAUGGUAUUAAAGUGCUACACCAUUUGAAUAACCUUAAUGGAAAGCUCCGUAUUUGCGAUCUAGAAAAUGUUAGGAGCAAAGAGGAUGCUAUCAAGGCAGGUUUAUCUAGCAAGAAAAACAUAUACGAUAUUGAAUUCAAUUGGAGUGAGUAUAAUGAAAGUGCCAACAGAAAUGACAAGGAUGUAUUGGAAGGCUUGCAACCCCCUGGAGAUGUGAAAACAUUGUCAAUUAACAAAUUUUCUGGUGAUAAUUUUCCAGAUUGGACGCCACUUGACAAUCUCGUGAAGAUAUCACUAAGUGGAUGUCGCAGCUGCCUCUCUCUUCUAAUGCUUGAGCACCUACCACAUCUUCAGAAUCUUUUCUUAUCUAAUAUGGACAGUUUGACAUGCUUAAGGAAUUCCGAUGUUACUGGAUUAAUGAAGCCUUUGUUUCCAUCAUUGAGAUCGUUCAGACUAAUACAUAUGAAAAGACUGGAAAAGUGGAUAGAUGAAGCACCCAACAGCUCAAAAAUGAUUUCUGCUAUCCUCUAA